AUGGACCACCCUUACCACCAUGGGAGUAAAGACCAGAGAAACGCCUUCGAUGAGCUCGAGCUGAAGGACGACCCCGAGAUUGAGGCAAUUGAGAGCAACGUGAAUCUGGAGAUGGAGGGGUUGCGCAGGGCAAUUGCGGGUUGCAAGUCGAGAGGACGAAAAUAUCAACAAAGCAAGAAUGCUGCAAUGGAACGACAUGCCAGCCUGACCGACGAAAUGCAACGUUACAGCAGGGACUUCCAGGUCUACCUUUUGCGUACGAAACGCAUGUUGGCCCUCAUAGAAGACAACGUUGGGGAGCUUGACAGCGAUCUCCGAAUCAAUCAGAACGAAAUAUCUGAGUUGCGAAACGCUUCGGAAGCAAAGCGCCAGUUGUCCGAUGCCAUUGACGUCAUGAGGAGAGGACGUUUGUAUUCAAACAUGAGCGAAGAUCCGCCUGCUGCUAUUCACCGUCUCCAGUACCAAGAUGAUGCUGGCCGUAAGCAAGCUCCCAAUGGAGACAACUGGGGCAACCCCGGUGCUGCUUAA